GUCAUUAGCUGUUUUGCUUCAGCUUUCAGCCAGCCAAUUUUUAGCAAAUUUUUAUGAGCGAUGGUGUUUUUGUACGUUUUAAAUUAAAACUACGAUAACGAUUAUCAGAUAGAAGAUGACUGAUUUAUGCGCUCUCUGUUUGUCCAAGGACAGAAUUCUCACUCCAUUACAGGACAAAUAUUGGCUAAAUUUACUAUCUCUACUACCAAUAGAGGAAACUCAGUAUUUUAAACACCUCCACGCUAAGUUUUCCCUGAAACUAUGUUGGGAAUGCCGAACAAAGAUAUAUAAAUUCAGUCGGUUUGUGGAAAAAUCUCAAAAAUCAUUACAAGUGCUUGAAAGUUACUUGACAUAUUCUAUUGAGCAAGAGCCUCAAUCUCUAUCCACAUUGUCAAAAUCCACAGUACUCAUUGAAGAGUACCCUCCAAAGAAAUCACAAGAUCUGGUAGUAGAAGUAGAGAAAAACAGAGAUAAUGACAAUAGAAGUAGUGACUAUGUAAAACAGGAAACUAAAGAACUGGUAAAAGAAGAGCAAUCUAAACUUUUGAGCAAUGAAACAAAUGAAUGUAAAGAAUAUGAAAAUGAAGAUACCAUAAAAGAAGAAAAUGAUGAUGAUGAUCACUUCACAGACAAUUUCGAGGAUUUACUUAAUAGCUCUAAUUUAUAUGUUGGACCACUUGAAACCACAGAUAGCAAAAGAAACUGUACCAGAUCUAAAACAAAAUUAAAAUUUACACCCAAUGUUGUGAAAGCUAAGAAAAAAGUGGUUAAAAAUAAAAUUUACAAAGAGGAUGCUAAUAAAAGCACAGCAGAGAUAGAUGUUUUUGAUAAAUUUAGUAAAGUAGUAAUGACGGAGGAAGAAAUGCAAAAGAAUAGAGAAAUUAAAAGAAAUACUCCAAACUAUAGAAGAAUCGCUAUGAAAUGUGAUACAUGCGUUUUAGGAUUCAAUAAGAAAGAAACAUUUGACGAACAUAUCUUAAAGAAACAUCAUAAGAAAAACGGUAGCAUAGUAUGCCCUGUGUGUCAGAUAAGAUUUACGAAUGUCGAAACGAUGGACCGUCACAAAAACAAGCACUACACAUAUUACACGUGUAAAUUGUGUAAAUAUGAAACUGUGAACUUGUCGUUUGCCAUUUCGCAUUGUAAGGAGAAACAUAAAGAUGACUCGUGUGAAAGUAUACAUUGUCGAGAGUGCACAGAGGUUUGCAAGUCACUUGAAGAUCUAUCUCAGCACAUGCAGACGCAACAUCUAGUCAUAUGUAAUGAGUGCGGAGAUAAAUUUAAAGGAAAGGAUGUUUUAAGAGCUCACUUGCGACGCAUCCACGCGCGCUCAACCCCCUUCACUUGUGCGACUUGCCGCCGCACGUUCCGCUCCGCCGCCCGACUGCAGGCUCAUGUCGCGCGCCACGGCGACCGGUCGCUCAGCUACUGCGCGCCGUGUCGCCAACAGUUUAAGAAUAUUUAUGUGUAUAGAAGACAUUUAGUCACGAGCGCGCAGCACGUUAAGGAUACGUAA